UGGCUAUAAAUCUUUUUUUUUUUUUUUCUUUUUCUUUUUAUUGCAGAAGGAAGACUUUAAUGAUGUGUUGUUGGUUUGUGGAAGACUUUGCUUUCCAAGUCACUCCAAUUCCUGUUCUUCUGCUCUCUCUGGAUUGCCCUCAAAAGCUUUCAACGGAUUCAAGAUUCAUGUUUUGCGGGUGAUUCUCAAACCGUAGAGGCAUCCCAGCUCACGAUUCCAAGCUAGGUUUUCUGGCCAUGAAGUGUUUCCAAUUCCACAUUGGAGAGAAAAGGGAAGAACCCAAGACGCCAAGGCCAAAUUCAGUGCUGUCCUCUUUUACUGAGCAAGAUCCAACGAAGCAGUCUGGAUCAGAUUUCAAUUCCCAGGAUGCUUCGGAUACAAGCAAUGAGUCCAGAGGUUGUGGCCAAUUCCCAAAUCUGUCGGAGAGACCAAGUAAUCUCAAGGUUUUUACAUUUCAAGAGCUGAAACAAGGGACCAGAAAUUUCAGCCGCACGGCCAAGCUCGGGGAAGGAGGAUUCGGAUGUGUUUAUAAGGGUGUUAUGAAGAGUAUCGAUGAUCCAACGAAGAAGAUUGAUGUUGCUGUAAAACAACUUGGCAGAAGAGGCCUGCAGGGUCACAAAGAAUGGGUGACAGAAGUUAAUGUUCUUGGCAUUGUUGAGCAUCCAACUCUCGUGAAGUUAAUCGGUUACUGUGCUGAGGAUGAUGAAAGAGGAAUCCAACGCCUUCUGAUAUAUGAGUACAUGCCGAAUGGAAGCGUCGAGGAUCAUUUGUCAGUUAGGUCGCUCACACCCCUCUCCUGGCCUGCGAGGCUUCGGAUUGCCCUGGAUGCAGCUCGCGGCCUGACGUACCUGCACGAAGAAAUGGAUUUUCAGAUCAUCUUCAGAGAUUUCAAAUCUUCGAAUAUUCUCCUGGAUGACCAGUGGAAUGCAAAAUUAUCAGACUUUGGUUUGGCUCGACUGGGACCUUCAGAAGGACUAACACAUGUUUCGACUGCGAUUGUAGGAACCAUGGGAUAUGCGGCUCCCGAAUACAUUCAAACAGGCCGUCUCACUUCAAAGAGCGACGUUUGGAGUUAUGGGGUUUUUCUUUACGAACUCAUUACUGGUAGGCGCCCUUUGGAUCGAAACCGUCCCAGGAGUGAGCAGAAGCUUUUAGAAUGGGUAAAGCCAUACCUAUCAGAUGCCAAGAAGUUUCAGCUGAUACUGGAUCCUAGGCUUGAAGGAAAGCAAACCCUUAAAUCAGCUCACAAGCUCUCAAUUGUUGCAAAUCGAUGCUUGUCCAGACUUCCAAAGUCACGGCCAAAGAUGAGCGAGGUUCAGGAAAUGGUCAGGCAAAUUGUCGUUGCGUCAACAGGUGCAGCCAUUCCUCAAGCACCGUUGAGCCGCAAAGAACAGAAUGAAACUUCUGAUGAUGAACCUAAAGGUAAAAGAAGGAUCACUGAUAUGAAAAUCGGGGAUGGUGGCUGGCUAGUCCGCAUGUGGUCGUCCAAGCUUGUGAAAACUUGCUGAUCCGAGAUGGAGGCACCGAUUCUAUUGGGUACACAGGGAAGAACUUUGGCUACAAUCUUUAAAAUACAUAUAACUGGGUACUAACAGAAAUGAAAUGCUUCGAUAUUCUUUAGGCUUUUUUCGUAACUCUCUCCAAUUCCAGGGCUCUCCAGGAACCAGCACAGAGUGCCGACUCAACCGUUAUCAUCUUCCUCACAGAAGCAUCAUAAAAUCUGUAUGUAUAGGAUUCAACAAUAGGUUUGAAAGCUGGUUUAGAUUACUUUUGCUGUGCUAUCUAUGAACAUGUUGCUUGUAUGUGUUCAUGUUACUGUAGGUUUGGUAGAGUUGAGAAAGAAUGUGUGUGAUUCUCCUAAUGAUUGAUGUCAAAAUAAUCAGGGAUUGUUGCGACUAAACGAGAACAUUUCGAUGUGAAUAUUUGUAGUUCUUGUGUUCA